UACACCUUUUCAGCACCGCGGUCAGCUCCGUUCUGCAUACCGAGCAGAUGGCGACGGUUUAUAAGAAGCCCGCAUCCCUGCACCGGAGAUUCACCACGACAGGCUGAGUCCCAUCAUGGCUAACCGAUUACUCUCACCGCGCAGGAUCACUCGAGAAGAGUAUAUAUUACAAUACAAGUCAACGCGUCCGGUAUUGGAAACCAGCGUCGUGUCCUCGGGCAUGAAUUCAAUCAACCCGCUAUCUGGGAAGUUUAAGGAGAAAGAAGUGAUGCAUGGCUUGAAUGGUCGUCUUGCGGGAUUCAUAGAGAAUGUGCACCAUCUGGAGUACCAGAAUCAUCUGCUGGAGAGAGAGAUUGUGGAGAUCAAGGGGAAAGCCCAACCCGCAUCUAUUUGUAAGGAGGAGUACGGACCAGAGCUGAGGAAACUGAGACAGCUGGUUCAGGAUAUCACUCAUCAGAAGCACCAGAUUGAAAUCGAGCACCAGCAUUUGGAGGAAGAGCUGUCCAACUUGAGAGGACAACAUGAACAGGAGGCGCGUGGCAGAGCGGAUGCCGAGAGCAACAUCGUGGUUCUUAAGAGGGACAUCGACGGCGCGUAUCAGGCUAAACUCCAGCUGGACAAGAAAGCGCAGGCUCUCGUGGAUGAAAUCCUCUUCCUGAAGGGACACCACAAGGCCGAGGUGUCCGAGAUGUUUGACCGAAUCCAGAAUGCGCAGGUGACCGUCAAGGCGCAAGAAUUUGGCGACCCUGGCGUCACUGCGGCACUGCGCGAUAUCAGGGCACAGCUGGAAGGUCAAACCGUGUCCGACGUCCAGCAGAUAGGAGAAACUUUCCGAUCUCAGUUUGCAAGAUUAACGGAGACAGCUGAGCGCAAGAGAGAGGCGGUGAAAGCGAACCAUCAAGAGAUGCAGGAGUGCAGGAGGCGCCUGCAGGCCAAGAACAUCGAAGUGGACUGCGCGCAAGGCACCAGGGAAGCGCUCGAGACGCAACUCCAUGACGUCGAGGAUCACCACAAGGAAGAAAUGAUUCAUUACGAGAACACAAUCAAAGAACUUGAAAAUGAGCUCAUCAAUUGCAAAUUUGACAUGUCCGGUUACCUGCGGGAUUACCAGGACCUGUUAAAUGUGAAGAUAGCGUUGGAUGUUGAAAUACUGUCUUACAGGAAACUUCUCUGUGGUGAGGAGGCUCGGCUAUCCACGAUGUCAGACACCCACAUGUCCCUGCCCUACAUCUACCGUCAGUCCCCCGUUUACACCCUGCCCCGCCUCAGCCGACCGGGAGGCCGGCACAGACGAGCUGAGCCGCAGUACAAGUUCGUAGAGGAGAUCAUAACGGAGACAACCAGGGAAAUCGAGGUGUCAGAAUUUGAAGAAGAGACAGGAUCGGAGGAGACAGAGAUGGGAAAAGAUGAGCAGACGUGUACCAAAAGAGAUAGAGGGGGCAGUGAGGAAGAGAAGGAUAAUACAGACAGCGGAGAAGAAGAAGGUGAGCAGAUGCCUGAAGAGCAGAAUCAAGUAGCAUCAGUAGUGAAUUUUGUGAACGGAAAUGAUGAUGAUGACAAUGAGACCCCUGAGGUGGAUGAUGGUGAAAAAGGUCAAACAAGUAAAGAGUCCUGGGAGAAUGAAGCAGUUGACAAUGAGGGCCCCAUUCUCAUUGUGGCACAGAUACAAAUACUCAAAGUUGUGUUAAGUGAGAGCCUCAAUGAGGAAGAAAAAUCAAAAAGUAUAGCUGAAAACACUAAAGAAAGGAAAGAAGCUGCAGUGACAAUUGUAACGGUUGAGAACGAUCUCUCUUCAAACCCAGAUGAUUUAAGGCCAGAGGUCUCUGCGAAGGAUCAACUUCUGAAAAAAGCUGAUGGUAAAAAAAAAAAAAAAAAAAGAGAUGCUGAGAAAGAGUUUUAUCUCAACUCAAGGGAAUCAGCCGUGACGAGAGCGUCUAAAGAAUCAGACACGACUCAAGUGCAAGAUCAGCUUCCUGCUUCAGAAACAGACGAUUUUAUAGCAGAGACAAAGAGCACUCUGUUCGUAAAAACAGAGCAGCUCUCAGAAAAAGCUCAAGUAUCUACAGUAUCCAUGAGUGAGGAAAAAGAAAACAGUCAUGCAGACCCAAAAGGAAUCAGUAAAUCUGAAGCUGCAAAAGGGGAGGAUAAAGUAGCAAAAGGCAUUCGAGAUGCUAGAAAUAAAGAUAAUUCUCUUACAAUUGAUGUGAAAAGUCUUCCUGAAGUGGAGGAUCAGAAGCCAAGCAGUGGGAAUAAAACCCAAACAGUCCAAACUGUGCUGCCGAGGGAAAAGACAACCGGCGAUUGAGAAAUCAAAGAGUUGCAUCAGGGGCCAUCGAAAGGAAGCCAGGCUCAGACAUCAGAGCUGUCUGAGAGUUCAGAGAAAAUAAAAGAUCCUCAAGGUAAGAUUUACUUACGUAAAUACCCGACAGACUGAGAAGAAAUAAGUGCAACUAAAAGCCAAACAUCUGCUGAGGGAAGCGAGGGGUAUACAA